AUGAACAAUGUCGAUUCAGUUGGUCCACCGGAUCCAGUAUCAAAUUUACGACCAGUUAAAUAUCAUAUACCUAAACAUGAGUCUUUAGCUGAACGUCAGUUACGACUCAAACGGAUUGAAGUAGCCAAAUGGAAUCAUGAAUUUUGGUCUCGUCAUAACUUAAAAUUUGUUAAGGAAAGAGAAGCAUACAAAAAAUGUUUAGCCGAGAAGGGCAUAUCAGCAGCUACUGCUGAUCAAAUGUCCGAAUUUUACAAGGACUUUUUGGACCGAAAUUGGAAGACACAUUUAACAUAUAACUUUGAAUGGUAUAAAAGAAAUAUAUCCAUUGUACGAUUAAUGAUGAAUAAAAAUAUUUUCAAAGCAAUUCAGUGGACUAAAAAAUUUAAGUUUUGA